CUUAAUUUCAGUGCUGUAUGUAAUCCCAGUGCUGCAAUCCCAAGGCCUGAGAGCUGUGAGAGUUGGCUCUGGCUAACGACUGGGUGAGUCACAUGGACCACGAAGCAUGCUAAGAGCCUGUGCCAGCUCCUGUCAGCUCCCUCUCAGGAUGAUGAGUCCAGGGUGCUCAGAGCUGUUUGUUGUCUCGGCACUCCCUUCCUGCAGUUGUGCCUUUCAAGAUAAGUUACUCAUGCUUCUUGUUUCUCACAGCAGCCUCAGCUAGCUGACUUCAUGUGAAAGAUGGCUAAUGCGGAAGUGAGUGUCCCAGUGGGAGAUGUGGUUGUGGUACCCACUGAAGGAAAUGAAGGGGAGAACCCUGAAGACACUAAAACCCAAGUGAUCUUGCAGUUACAGCCUGUGCAGCAAGGGAUUUAUGAUGCUGGGUCGGAGAACAACGCAGCAGUUGUAGCCGUUGAAGCGCACACGAUACACAAAAUUGAAGAAGGAAUUGAUGCAAGCAGCAUAGAAGCAAACGAGGAUAUGGAAAUUGCUUACCCUAUAACCUGUGGAGAGAGUAAAGCCAUCCUCCUCUGGAAGAAGUUUGUGUGUCCAGGAAUAAAUGUGAAGUGUGUCAAGUUCAAUGAUCAAUUGAUCAGCCCCAAGCAUUUUGUCCAUCUGGCUGGCAAGUCCACUCUGAAGGACUGGAAGAGAGCCAUUCGUCUAGGUGGCAUCAUGCUCAGGAAAAUGAUGGACUCUGGGCAGAUCGAUUUUUACCAGCAUGACAAAGUUUGCUCCAAUACCUGCAGGAGUACCAAGUUUGACCUUCUGAUCAGCAGUGCGAGGGCGCCAGUGCCAGGCCAGCAGACAAGUGUGGUGCAGACCCCCACCUCGGCCGAUGGUAACAUCACACAGAUUGCCAUCUCAGAGGAGAGCAUGGAAGAAGCUGGACUGGAGUGGAACUCGGCACUCACUGCUGCUGUCACCAUGGCCACAGAUGAGGGCAUAAAAAAGGACUCUGAAGAAAUUUCAGAGGACACUUUGAUGUUCUGGAAAGGAAUAGCUGAUGUAGGGUUGAUGGAGGAGGUCGUCUGUAAUAUUCAGAAGGAGAUAGAGGAACUUCUCAGGGGCGUUCAGCAGCGGCUCCUGCAGGCUCCCUUCCAGGUCACAGAUGCUGCUGUUUUAAACAAUGUGGCACAUACAUUUGGCCUAAUGGACACAGUCAAGAGAGUUUUGGACAACAGACGGAAGCAAGUGGAACAGGGCGAGGGGCAGUUUCUCUACACCCUGGCAGACUUGGAACGGCAGUUGGAAGAGCAAAAAAAGCAAGCCCAAGAUCCUAGACUGAAAUCUCAGACGGUUCAAAAUGUGGUACUGAUGCCUGUGAGCACCCCAAAGCCUCCAAAAAGACCCCGGCUCCAGCGGCCAGCCUCCACCACCGUCCUGAGCCCUUCUCCUGUGCAGCAGCCUCAGUUCACUGUUAUCUCACCCAUCACCAUCACCCCCGUGGGGCAGUCCUUCUCCAUGGGCAAUAUUCCAGUGGCCACUCUGAGCCAGGGCUCCAGUCCUGUGACUGUCCACACGCUGCCUUCUGGCCCGCAGCUCUUCCGCUAUGCCACAGUGGUUUCCUCUGCCAAGAACAGCUCAUCAGACACAGUGACCAUCCACCCUUCAUCGAGCUUGGCACUGCUAAGCUCUACCACUAUGCAGGAUGGCAGUACCCUGGGCAAUAUGGCCACGAUGGUGAGCCCUGUGGAGCUGGUGGCCAUGGAGUCUGGCCUGACUUCAGCAAUCCAGGCAGUUGAAAGCUCCUCAGAGGAUGGGCAGACCAUCAUUGAAAUUGACCCAGCCCCAGAUCCUGAGGCUGAAGACAAUGAGGGCAAAGCAGUCAUCUUGGAGACAGAGCUGAGGACUGAGGAGAAAGUGGUGGCUGAGAUGGAAGAACACCAGCAUCAAGUCCACAAUGUGGAGAUUGUGGUCUUGGAGGACUAAUUGGGGAUGGGGUCAAGAACUUUGUUUUGGUUUGAAAUUUUAAUUAUGUUUAUUUUUAUCAUUGUCCCAUUCAUUUCCACAUAGAACCUUUUUUUUUUAAAAAAAAAAAACAAACUACAAAAAUCUCGUUGUAACUGACAAUGUUGGGUUCCUUCUACCCCCUCACUGACAAAUGGACAGAACAAGCUACCUUUCCUGAAGUUAGGAACAGGUCAUCCGGUGUCCUAAUCGUCUUACCCCAAGGAAGGUAUUGCUUUUAGGGGAGGUGUCAAAAUAACCAGGAACCCUUUCCAGAAUAGUCUGUCUGUAUACACAUGCAUGGGUUCACUCUUGUAAAGAUGUGUUGACCACUCUUGUAAAGAUGUGUUGACCAAACUCUGGAGCACAGACCUGACACUGGAAGACGGCCAGCUCUGCCUAUCCUGGAUAUGGCCUCAGAGGCCAGUGCAAAACGCUCAAACAAAAGGAAGUUGAACUCUGCCUAGAGUGGGAAGUAGCAUGCCAUCAGCAGCUUACUUGGGGAAGUUCUUUGGCAAGGAGGGGGCAAGGAAUGAUCUUCCAGAGGUGCAUCUGAUGCCCCCUCGAGCUCUUUGAGGGAUGGGUACGAUUUUGAGAAGAGGCCAGUGAUAUGCAGAAUGGCACACAGCAAACAGUGAUUGUCACAGCUGUGCUUUUGGGAUAGCUCACCUUGCCCCCAGUCUUGUCAAAGCCCUCACCCUCUUCACCGAGGAUUAUUAGUCCAUUCCUUUGCAGACUGUGAUGUGGCAUAAAUUGCUCUAGACCUUGGACUGUGGCUGUCAUGAGAUGGGGCUCCAAGGCCAUCAUUUUUCUUUCUUGACUCCAGGAAUGGAAGAGUUCCUCAUGCAGACCAGCUGCUAUUUUCGGGAGCCCUGCAUGCAAGUGUGUGUGGUGUGUGUGUGUGGUGUGGUGUGGUAUGUGUGGGGUGGGGUGGUGGUGGUGUGUGUAUACCUAUUUUGGCUUUGGAACCAAAAGCAGUCACUCACUUGGUGCUUCCCCUUCUCUUCAUCCUUCAGUCUCCCGGAUCCCACGUUCUGCAGCUUUUUGGCUGAUGUGAGAGCAGUGACAGGUGCCUGCCUGCCUUCAUUGCUUUUGAGAGUCACUUCUUCUGUUUAUGCCACAGAUGCGUCUGGGAGAUACUGAGCUCAUAAAAAGACUUAGGCUUGGCAGGGAAGACUGGAAACACCUCCAGCCUUUCCUGAGGCAUGGACUAGACGUCUCCUGAGUGAGCUGAAGUCCCUGGGAAAGAAAUGUUUUCUGUGACAGUAGUGUCUGGGGGUGGGGGCUGUUUGUCCGUUUAGACCUGGGUCACCUUCCAUGCUGCGGUCCCUUCACUUUGACCCUCUUCAGUGUUUGGGAAGAGGGAACAGUUUGAAUUCUUUAAUUACCCGUUUCUGAUUUCUUUAAUUAAUUAUAUUGUUCACUGUGCUAGGGAAAAUAUAGACACCCUACAGAUGACUUAAAUAGGCUAGAAAAGCACACAGUUUAGGAGUUGGAGCAUUUAUUAUUAGUAGUAUUAUUAUUAAAAGUAAAAUUUUGACCUUAGUUUCUAUUAAAAAAAAAGGAAAAUGCCUGCCUAAACCUGUCUUCCUACCUGCAGGUUUUGGAAACUAUAAAGCAACUGAGAACUGUGUCCUCCCAUCUCUUCGAUGGCCAUAUAUAGCCAGAAAACCCUCAGGUCUCUGAAGACCCUAAGAGUGGGGUUUCUGAACUCUAUUCAGAUGCAUUUUAGCUUCAAACUGGACUUUUCAGAAUAUUUAAUUGGGCUGGGGACAGAGCUCGGUGGGUAAAGUGCUCACCUAGCACACAUGCAACUCUGGCUUCAGUCUCCACCAUGAAUAAAGUAGGCAUGGGGGCACAUGCCUUUGAUCCUUGGGGAGUAGAGACGAGAUAGAAGGCUCAGAAAUUCAAGGUCAUUCUCAGCCCUGUAGCAAGUUCAAGACUAACCUGGAAUACACAAAAUGCUGUCUCAAAAAAAUCCGUUUUGAACAAGCUUUUGGUCCUUUAUACAUUUUUAGUGAAGAAACUGGAAUUUAUUUCUGGCUUCCAUAGGUUUUCUGUUAAUACAUAAGAAUUUUUAUUACACUUAUUUAUCCGAGAGAGUGUGUGUGUAGUGGAGAGCUUGCUCUGGUGUCUGUGGAGGUCAGAGAACAACCUACAGGAGCCAGUUCUCUCCUUCCACUGUGUGUGCCUGGGGAUUGAACUCAGGUUGCCAGGCAUGGUGGCAAGCAACCUCAUCCACUGAGCCAUCUUGCCAGCCCUAAAGGUUUCAGGCUAAGUCUGAAACUAUUACUUGAACCUAGAAAGCCACAUGUCACUCCUGUUGUACUCUGUAGGUCAUUUCUCUCUCCCAAAGAUGAGAGAACCCAUUCAGGACCCAGGAGGAGCCUUGGAGUCUAGGGACAGUCUCACUCAGGUUCAUUCCUUUGCUGUCACAACUAUAGCAUAAAAGUUCAUGUGGGCUUCGUGCUUCCAAAGUCAGAUGUCCUCUUGGGACAGAGCCUGUUUACUUUCAACAUUCUGGCAGGUGGGUUACAUGAGCUUGGCUGUUUUCCUGGUCUUCCAAUUGCUGUCAUUGCUAGCUGCUGUGGUACUCGUGAGGAUGAGAUCUCUCCCAGCCUGGUCUAGAUCAUUUCAGAUGGGGUGAGACACCUGCAAGUUAUUGCAAUGAAAUUACUCCUCAGGCUGACUUGAUGGUAGCUAUCUUUUCUCUAGCCAUUCAUUAAAUAAACAUUUAUAAGUCCAGUCUA